CAACAGGAUUCUGAGGAAAAGAAAGGGGAGGGGGACGAGAGGCUGGGCGAGAGCGCGAGAAACAAAACGUGACUAGGCACCCAAAGCGUCCUGUUAUGCAACUACUGACCUACUAACAUACAUUUGGAGACGGAGUGCGAGAGAGGGAGGAAAUUGGAGCAACUCACCAACAUAACACGAGGAACCACUGCAAAAUAAGGGACACGCUACCCGACGCCACACUUGGACACCGAUGACUUUUGUGAAGAGCGCUGAUCCAUUUGCAACUCUGAUCUAAUUCUCCACGAUACAGAGAAAAUAAUUCAUACCGAAAGCACUGCGGCGAAUAUUGUGGGAUUUUGGUUUUAACAUAAAAAGGAUCUUUUAUCUUCCACGCAGCUGGAGGCAGAGAGAGGGAGCGGCUGUACCCCUCCCUGAGAGACACCCAGGCAGAGGUAGACCGAGUGACCUACAUCCUGCAGCACGCUUGGGGCAUUCGGGCACAUCUCCGUCUGUCUCCAACAGCUCCGUCUUACCAAAGAAAAAAACGAACAAACAAAGAAAAAAGGUCAGCACUGGGCCUUCCUGCUGUGCUCAUAACAUUCUUCAGACUUCAGGAAUUCUGCUUUUUUUUCUUGUCCCCUCAAGGUGGCUCUGACCCACUCUGCCGUGCAAAGGCUGAUCUAGAACAGUGAGCCCUGCCUCUGGGGAAAACAUUAUUUCUUCCUCGAGUGAUACCUAGCAAGGUUGCAGUCUGGCUCCCACAGAGCAGAAAUGGAAAGCCUGAAUUCCCCUGUCAUGACCUCUCCCACAGAAGCGAAGAACCUGGACCAACUGGACACCUACUCCAGCUACAGCGAGUCGCUCCCUUCCCCACAAGACAACUCAUCACGCCAAGGCCGUUCGGGCAAGCCCAAGUCCAAUAUGUCCUGCCGGCGUAAGCGGGAGUUUAUCUCAGAGGAAAAGAAGGAUGCCUCCUAUUGGGAGAAGCGCCGCAAGAACAACGAGGCGGCCAAGCGUUCUCGGGAGAAGCGGCGCCUCAACGACAUGGUGCUGGAGAACCGUGUUAUGGCGCUGAACGAUGAGAACGUGCGCUUGAAGACAGAGUUGCUGCAGCUGAAGCUCCGAUUCGGACUCAUCAGCACGGCUUCAUAUAUGGAGAAGAGCCAACAGCUAAGUGGUGCGCCAAACGUCAGCUCCUCUUCCUCCUCCUACUACACCAGCGGCUACUCCAGUGGCUCACAGGUGAUGAUGAACUCAGACUCUUCAGAGGCCGAGCAGUCGGGCCGUGGAGAGGGACACAUGCAGCAUGUCAAGUACUCCCCACGGGGGUCCCUCUCAGACUUAUCAGACAGUUCUUCCAGGGACAGCCCAGAGCCCAUGGCCUACAACAUCAAGCAGGAGGGAGCUGGGAUCGAUAUGGAUAUGGAUAUAGAUAUGGGUGUUGCCACAACCCCCACCAGCACCACACAGCUGAUGUACAACCUCCACCGUGGCUUGAGUGCUAGCCUUCACCAUGAGAUGGAGGCCUCCUACCACCAGCAGCAGCUCCACCCCAACCACCAGCAGGAAUCGGUCAUCAGCUCACCAAACUCCAGGGCCACCCCUCAGAGGAGCGUCAUCCUCUUCCGCUCCGGCAGUACUUCUCACCCGGUGGAGAGCCAGAAGGCUCCGGACACCAACCAGCAGAAGCCACAGUCCCUUCCCUCUGCCCCUCAACUCACCCAGGCCUUUCAGGGAGGCUUGGAGAUCCUGGCAGAGGUGACCAAGCAAAUGGAGAGGAGGACCUUAGACUCCCCUCCCUAUGAGUACACCAAUGGGUAUGGAGUCCACCACCAUGAGAGGCUGGAGACCCCGAGGCUGGAAGGUUCUGCCCCAGACCUCCUCCGCAAACGGGAGGAAGCGGCUGAGCACCACGUGUACCAUCAUGGCUACCUGAGCUCCAGGGAUGAAGAGCCACCAGUUCUGACUUACGAGGGAGGCUCCCAGGGUGACUCUUACUAUCCGAGACAGCAAACCUCGGCCAAGGACACAUCGUCAAGUGAUGGUGACCCUCGUAGCUCAGACAAAGACGCCUCCACCGAUGACGAGUCCCCUUUGUCCUCCUGCUCUGAUACGGGCAGCUACCAGCAGCACCUGUCCUUAGCAGUGUCCCCGGUGCACUUCGCCCCAGGCACCUCACCUCAGGGCCAAAGCAGAGAUGGAGCGGGGGAUGUAAAAGGCACCGCACUGCCUCACAAACUGAGACUCAAACACAGAGCGAUAAGCACCAGUGGCCAGGAGUCCCCCACCACCCCACCCAUCCUGUCCAGUCCUUUACCCCAGCACCCUUACCUGGCGCUCCCCCAGACUGGCCAGCAGGAACUCAGUAAGGAGCAGGAAGCAGGCCACCAGCUGCUGGACAUUUGCAAACCGGCCUCAUCCUCCCUGGGGGGAUCGAGGGCAGAGUGCGGCAAGAAAGACUCCGGUAGCCGGACCAGCCGGAACCAGAGACUCGACUGAAAGACAGAGAGCUUUCCAGGGCAGCAUGAACAGUGGUUCCCGUCAAACAGAUGGGGGAACUUAAUGUUAUCCAUCUUUCCCUUCGCCAACCCCCCCCCCCCCCCCCCCCGCAACUCUUCCAAGUCCAUCUUCUGGGACCAGAGAUCUGGACUCAAAAAGUUGAUACCCAAAAAAGGACUCAGCCUUUGGGUGCACUGUAUGAUAGAUUGUACAGACUUUCUGACCUCCUUCAAACAAUUGCCCGUUUCAAACAAUACGAGCACUUUUGCCUAUGGACGAGAGGAGGAAUGGAACCCUUUUUGUCUCAUGGUUUUCUUUGUACCUUUACUGUUUCCACCCACAGUUAAAUCAACAGUAUGCAAAAGAGGCUGAGUGGUGCAACUGUGUCCACUUAGACUAUGCUGGGGUGUAAAUAAUAUGCAUAGGAUUGCCCCUCUGUCAUGGAUUGUAUAUCACACACACAGAUAUGCAGACAAUAGCUAUUUACUAUGUGUACCAAACAUAACAUUUUGGGAGGAGCUCCUACUGACCAAAGAUGUAAUGCUUUAAGUUCCAUAAUUUUCUUCCCUACCUCUUCAAGGUCUUUGUAUUUCUUUAUACAUCAUCACCCCUGACACUUUGUAUAUUUCCGUGCUAGUAUGACAUUAGUACUGAAUUACUUUAUAUUUUCAAGAAAAAAAAAAAGUUACAUAAAAAGAUAAAAAUGAAUGUGGGAGAAGGUUUGAGGAAGAUCUAAUGGCAUAAUCAGAUCAGCUGUACAGUAUCACAGUGUUUCUAUACCACUUCAAUAAAACCUUCUUUCUGAAGAUUUAAUUUCUCUAUGAAUUAGUUUCAUAUGAAAACAAUGUUCCAUUUUAUUUGCAAAGGAUGUUUGGCCUUUAAAUGCUAUGAAAAAAAUAGCUCUAAAAUACAUCAGUCCCCUUCUGUGAAGAGACACAGAAGAUUCCACACUCAAUCGCGCCCCAUUUAAUUUGUUUACAUGCAGCCAUAGGUUUUGCCCUCUGUUCUGUAUUUAUUUACCUUCAGCUCGGGUGCCAGCCACAAACAAGUGUUUUUAAAUGUAUGGUACACCUUAACAGAUCCCUCACGAACUUAGUCAUUCAGUACAAGGUCAGAUACCUGAAACCAUUGAGAUGCAUAUUAUUUAUUUCAUUAGGAGUCAUCAUGACUUAAUUAUUUCCUAGCUCUGCUGUAUCAUUAUAUCACACAAUUCAUUUUUGAUUGUCCUCACAAAAAAUGCCCACGAGGCCCUCUGUCAGUCGCUGUGAGGGCCUUCACCUGCUUCACUCCAGAUUGUUCCUAGUGUCAGACAGAUCUGCAUUUGAACGUAAUGUGUUAAUCGUGAUAAACGAUUGAAGUGCCCUGCUUUUCUACUAUAAACCUGUAAUUGAGUGUGAUCUUUAGUCUGUCGUUUGUUUUGGAAACGUGCUGACGCGCAGUCACACACUCACAAGGUGUCACACACCUUUAUGGCCUUCUCCCCAUGUAAUAAGAUGUCAUUAUUGCUCUGUUAUAUAUGUAAAGUUCCCCAAGCCCCUGGACUACACUGUAAUGAUUUUAUAAGGAUUUUGCUCUCUUUCUAUUGUUAUUAUAUAUUAUUUUUUAAAAGCUCUGGGUGUUGUCUUGUUGUCAUUUCUAUUGAUCUGCCUCUUUGUUUUUUCCUCUGUGUCCCUUUUGCUGUCGAUCGUGUUAUCUACCCCCCAAGUACCCCCAGUCACUCCUCCCCAAUACCUUCUCUUGCCCCACCUUUACCUCUCAGUGUGUGUUAAGAUCAGUGAUGUUGGUGUUUUUUUUCACUGAAGGUUUUGACUAAAUAAAUAAUUAAAAAUUAUAAAAAAAGACAAUACUGAAGGAAGUUGUGUGUGGAGAAUAAAGCGCACAUGUUCCGUUUUUGAUGUUGAUGUGUAUGUGAGGAAAAAACAACACUAAUGUUCAUGCUGGAAAGAUUUCAAAUGGACAAAAAUGAAUAAAAAGGAUUUCACAUUUCUCAGCAUCAA